GCCUGAUUUCUCCACGCGGUACCAGUGCAGCCCAUCGCAAAAGCAGGGAGAAAAUCACAGUCUGCUGAAAGAACGGUUGCAAACGAAUUUCCUUUUCAUCUCCACUGUCUCCUCUACCUAUUCCAGAAUUUUUCGAUAUAAUUUCUAGCCAACCAUGCUGCGAUCUCUGCAGAGAUUAUCGACGACGGUCAUCCGGGGCGCCGCGCAGGCGCAACAGCCCACCUUCGCCCUUCCCGCUGUGCAACAACGCUUCCAGAGCGGUCGUCCCCAGCCCCAGCAGCCCCCGCAAAAGGGCCCCGGACCGCAGCAGGGCGCCCCGCAGCGCGGCGGACCCGCGACGGGUCGUGAGGGCCGCGCCGUGGCGGAUGGCCGUAUUGUGGCCGUCAUCGGUGCCGUGGUGGAUGUGCAGUUCGACACGGAUCUGCCGCCCAUCCUCAACGCCCUGGAAGUGAAGAACCGCUCCCCGCGGCUGGUCCUGGAGGUGGCGCAGCAUCUGGGCGAGAACACCGUGCGCACCAUCGCCAUGGACGGUACGGAGGGAUUGAUCCGCGGACAGGAUGUCGCCGAUACGGGCUAUCCCAUCCGCAUCCCCGUGGGACCGCAGACACUGGGCCGCAUUAUGAACGUCAUCGGCGAGCCCAUCGACGAGCGCGGCCCCAUCCAAACCAAACAACUGGCGCCUAUCCACGCUGAUGCUCCCGAGUUCGUGGAGAUGAGUGUGCAGGCGGAGAUCCUGGUGACGGGCAUUAAAGUGGUGGAUCUGCUGGCGCCGUACGCCAAGGGCGGCAAGAUCGGGCUGUUCGGCGGGGCCGGCGUCGGCAAGACCGUACUGAUCAUGGAGCUGAUCAACAACGUGGCCAAGGCGCACGGUGGCUACUCCGUCUUCGCCGGGGUGGGGGAGCGCACGCGUGAGGGCAACGAUCUGUACCAUGAAAUGAUUGAAGGCGGUGUGAUCAGUCUGAAGGACGCCAGUUCCAAGGUGGCCCUGGUGUACGGGCAGAUGAACGAGCCGCCGGGCGCCCGUGCCCGUGUGGCGUUGACGGGAUUAUCGGUGGCGGAGUACUUCCGCGACCAGGAAGGCCAGGAUGUGCUGCUCUUCAUCGACAACAUUUUCCGCUUCACCCAGGCCGGCUCCGAAGUGUCCGCUCUGUUGGGUCGUAUUCCCUCGGCCGUCGGCUACCAGCCCACCCUGGCCACCGACAUGGGUACUAUGCAGGAGCGCAUCACCACCACCAAGAAGGGCUCCAUCACCUCCGUGCAGGCGAUCUACGUGCCGGCCGACGACUUGACGGAUCCGGCGCCGGCCACCACCUUCGCCCAUCUGGACGCCACCACGGUGUUGUCGCGCGGUAUCGCUGAAUUGGGUAUUUAUCCGGCCGUCGACCCCCUCGAUUCCACCUCGCGUAUCAUGGACCCCAACGUCGUCGGCGAUGAGCACUACGGAACGGCGCGCGCCGUGCAGAAAAUCCUGCAGGACUACAAAUCCCUGCAGGACAUUAUCGCCAUCCUGGGUAUGGACGAGUUGUCGGAGGACGACAAGCUGACGGUGGCGCGCGCUCGCAAGAUCCAGCGUUUCCUGUCGCAGCCCUUCCAGGUGGCCGAGGUCUUCACCGGCACACCCGGCAAGUUCGUCUCCCUGAAGGACACCAUCAAGGGCUUCAAGAUGAUCCUCAACGGCGAGCUGGACCAUCUGCCCGAGGUGGCCUUCUACAUGAUCGGCGACAUCAAUGAGGUCAUUGCCAAGGCCGAGAAGCUGGCGCAGAACGCGUAAUUGGAGGAACGGUUGCAUUUUAUUUAAAUGGUUGUACGUAGUGAAUACUGUUGUUCGUCUGUUUGUGCUUUUAUUUUGUGGAUUGGAUUAUUUCUGUUUUUGGCUGGCAGUUUUGUGUUUCCCCCCGUUGGCUGCGCGACUGAUGUAUAACGGUUUCAUUUUUCGGAUCCUAAUGUUUCACGUUGGAAAAUUCAGUAAAAAAUGAAUAACGA